AUGAAGGAAACUUUACCUGAUUCUGAUACUGUCGUCAGUGUGCUGCAGCGCAUCGCAAAUGAAAAGAAUUGGUCUGCUGCUGAUACUGAACAAGAUUUCGCUGUGCUCGCUAAGCACCGUCUGGUCUAUGUCCGUGAUUUGAGAGCAUUGUCAGGGGAAAGCUGGACACAAAUUGAAUUACUGCCUUUGGUGAAAGAUCUCCUGCGAAGCUCAAUUGAUCCUCACUGGCCUCCCCAAGAUCAUAUUUCAAACACCAAUAGCAACAACAGCAACGUGGAUCACAUCAUGUCAAGUGAUGAGGAAAAGACAAAUGGCAAAAAACAAAAGAAAAAGGACGGAAAGAAGCAAAAGAAGGACAAGAAGAAGCAGGGCAAAAAGGACAAGGGAUUCAAGAGCCCAUCGCCUCUCGGAACACCAGUUGUGCCCACCAUUCUGACAAAACCCUCAUCUGCCAUCCAAGAAUUGAACGACUCCACCAGUAGAUUCAACCUGAAUGACACAUUGAGCCAAGAUCAUCUCACCAUUCAAAACACCAUCCGCAACGGAAACACAGCCAAUUCCUCCUCUGACGUCUCCUCCACAGACGACGACAACGAUAGUGAUAGCGACAUUGACGACGACGUAGAUGUGCCCAUGUCUCCCCUCAGUGAAGAAAAGCGCAAGAGCGUUAGUUUCUCCAACGAGACAGCCAUUGGCGUUGCUGCCAGCGUAAAGAACGAGCUCGGUAAAGAGGACAAGGAUACCAAGAAAAAGGACAAGAAGAAGGACAAAAAGAAGGACAAAAAACAAAAGAAGAAGAAUAGCAUGGCAAGUACUAAAUACAGCGGUUACCAGAGUUUCACCAGUCAUCCUUAUACCACCCAUCCAAUAGUGAAAUUCAGAAAGAUGAAAAUGAAGCACUGUAAACGAUUACCACCUGUUCCUGCAAACGACCAAUUCUUACAAGGUAUUCGUGACAAGUUGGAAUCAACCUCUUAA